GGAACAUCAGCCACAGGUGGACAAGGAAGCAAGGAGAUGUCUUGGGAGUUCACCUCUCAAAGUCCCCAGGCAGAAUAUCUGGAGAGCUUCAGAUUAAAGAAGAUGACCUGGAAAUUCAGCACUAAGUUGUUUAAACUAGUGGGAUAGAAACUAGGCUGGGGAAGAAAAGCUAAUUCACAUUAAUUAUAGUGAUCAAAAGCUGCAUUGCCAGGAAUUCAAACUCGUGAUAGUCAUGAGAGUUAGCUAAUCCUGAGGAAAAAUGAGAAAAAACUUUCAGAGCUUGGCAGAACCUGGAUGUGUAGCAAUUGAAAGCAUUUGUCCAUCAAGCUUGAAUUGAUUGGCUGCUGCUCUCCAGUUUUCUCUGUGGGACUUGAACAAAACAAGAUGCCUAGGGGAGAGCAUUACCUAGACAGCAACUUUGGUAGAGGGAAAGGAUAUACUUCUCUUUCUGCAGAAGAGGCCGCAGGAAUUGGAAUUCUAACUCUUGUUCUUGCAGUUUUACUGAUUCUUGGCUGUUGGUGUUGUAAAAGGCACAGUGGUUAUACAAGGCUUUUGAGUAAGAAUUCUGGAUUGGCCCCUCUGACCACCUCAAAAGCCAGAAGCUCCUUAUGUGACUCCAAAUUGCCCUUGCAGGAAUACAGGUGCAACUAUAAUCAUGUGGUGCCAGAUGCCCCACCAGCCUAUGAUAAGAGCUCCAGCAAUCUGUUGCCACCACCGUAUGCACCAUAAACAGGAGGAAUGAAACAAGUGCUUGCUUGCUUUAAGUAAUUUCUAGGAGUAUCUGAGAGGCAAAAUGCAAGCUAAUAUGAAUAGUUCCAGAAGUAAUUCUUGCUUAAGAAAACCUAGCUGUCCUCUUUUGCAUGUGAUGCCUAAGAUGUUGAAAUUAUAGCCUAUAUAUCUUCAUUCUAUACAUUUUUAUUCAAUAUAAAUUUGAC